AUGUCCCGCGUGUCGUCCACGGCCAAACGUUACCCCGGCCCCUCCUCCUACACCUCCCAUUACAGCUCCUACACCUCCUCCCUGGGAACUGGCCUUAGCUCCUACAGUGACCGGGACAGGCUCUCCACCUACAAGUCCCCCACAUCAUCCUCUGGGUACUCCUCCUCCAGCUACCUGAGCUCGGCUGCCCGCUCCCGAAACUACAGCAGUUCCUCAGACCCCGAGCGGGACAGAGGCCGGACCGUCCCGCGCAGCGAUAUCCUCGGCACCAGCAGCAGCAGCAGCAUCGGGAGCAGGCGCAGCGAGAGCCUGAGUCGGACCCCUGUGAAGAGCUACGGGGGGUCAGGGCUGACCGGGGGCGCGGGCUACUCCUCAUACAGCUCCUACUCCCCUCAUGUCCACUCUAGCUACCUCUCCUCGACACCAGCGGCCUCCAGCAGCUUCUCGCUCAGGCGCAAAUCUGUGUCCCAAAGCGAUCUGAGCCGGGACUUUGCCUCUCUGGGCAUCAGUGACAGCUCCUCUUCCUCCUCCACCCCAACUUCCUCUUCCCUCCGGAGCUACCGCAGCCGAAACAGUGACGUGUCCGACUCGUACGGGGCCAGGUCGGGGUACACGGGCCUGUCCCGCAGCUCCACUCAGGAGAUCCUCAGCAGCAGCAGAGCACUCAGCACCUCCUCGCCCUGGGAGCACAGCAGUAACGCCCGCUCUGAGUCGCCGUCCAGGGACACAUCAACGGUAAGACACCGCCCCACACGCCGUCCCACACGCCACCCCACACGCCGCCCCACACAUCGCCCCACAAUUACCAUUUACAAUUCAAAUUCAUGGGUCAAAGUUUAA